CGCAGCUCGGUCGUGACACGGUAACCUGGCUCCGCCCCGCGGCUCCUCGGCGGUGACGGCUGCAGCCAAGCCGGAAGUUGGUCAAGCUGCCUUUGCUGCUCAAGGUCUCAUGUGUCACGUAGCCUAGGCCGGCCUCAAGCUCGCUGUGUAGCUGAGGAUGAGCUCCUGAUCUUCCCACCUCCCCCUGGUGACGUGUUCUUAGGCUUUGUUUGGAGAUGGCAGCUUCCCGGUUCGCCUUCAGCGCCCUCAUGUUUGUGCUACUCGCAUGUUCUGUGGCUAGUUACCCCAAUGGAAGAGUGACAAAGUACUGCGGUGGGAUGAUUCCCCAGCAUGGCCACAGCCCUCAGACCGAGCCUGUUCACCAAAUCACAGCGAGUCAGGUGAAGUUCCAGCCUGGAGACCAGAUCCAAGUUACUCUAUCAGGACCACCGUUUAAAGGCUUUCUCUUAGAAGCCCGUGAUGCUGAGGAUCUGAGUGGCCCUCCUGUUGGCUCCUUCACACUGAUUGACAGUGAAGUGUCACAGCUUCUGACUUGUGAAGACGUACAGGGUUUGGCUGUGAGUCAUACAUCUUCAUCCAAGAAGACAGAAAUUAAAGUCUACUGGAAUGCUCCUAGCAGUGCCCCGAAUCACAUACAAUUUUUAGCCACAGUUGUUCAGAAGUAUAAAAUCUAUUGGGUGAGGAUUCCUAGUCAUGUAAUUUCCCAACCAAAUGCUCCUCCCUUUACAACGCCUAAAGCCACAACACAGCCUUUGACAACGUCAUCUUCUGCCUCGCACUUAACCAAGCCAUUCAGUGCCUCCGAGUGUGGGAGAAAGAAGUUCUGUGUUCGGAGUCCUUUGACCUGUGACCCAGAGAAGGAGCCUGCCUGUGUCUUUUUGUCCUUCACCAGAGAUGACCAGUCGGUGAUGGUUGAAAUGAGCGGUCCCAGUGAAGGCUACAUUUCGUUUGCAUUUUCUCACGACCGGUGGAUGGGUGACGAUGACGCUUACUUGUGCAUUUGUGAAGACCAGACAGUGGAUAUACAGCCUUCCCGCUUGACAGGGCGAAGUCACCCUGUGAUGGAGUCCAGGGGGACUCUUGAGGAUAUGGCCUGGCGGCUGGCGGAUGGCGUCAUGCAGUGCUCCUUCAGAAGAAACAUCACCCUUCCUGGGGUGAAGGAUAGAUUUGUGCUAAAUGAAAGCUACUACAUAUUCCUCGCAGAAGGUGCAGCCCACAGUGGCCGAAUUUUUAGGCACUCCCAGCAGCCUUUGAUAACAUAUGAAAAAUAUGACGUGACAGGCGCUCCAAAGAACGUAGGAGGAUCCCACUCCAUACCCCUUUUGAAGGCUCAUGGUGCCUUGAUGUUUGUGGCGUGGAUGACCACAGUUAGCGUAGGAGUGCUCGUUGCCCGCUUCUUCAGAUCUGUCUGGUCGAAAGCUUUCUUCCUCGGUGAAGCGGCUUGGUUUCAGGUGCAUCGGCUGCUCAUGCUUGCUACAUCUGUGCUCACCUGCAUUGCGUUUGUUAUGCCUUUUGUGUACAGAGGGGGCUGGAGUCAGCGUGCAGGCUACCACCCAUACCUCGGUUGUACAGUGAUGACCUUAGCUGUCCUUCAGCCUCUGCUGGCCACCUUCAGACCACCUUUACACGACCCAAGGAGGCAAGUGUUUAACUGGACUCACUGGAGUGUGGGCACGGCAGCUAGGAUAAUAGCAGUGGCAGCAAUGUUCCUAGGAAUGGAUUUACCAGGACUGAAACUCCCCGGUCCACAGAAGACCUAUGCGAUGAUGGGCUUUGUGGUCUGGCACAUUGCCACCGAGGUGGUUCUGGAGAUACACGCUUACCGGCUCUCCCGAAAAGUUGAAAUACUGGAUGACGACAGAAUUCAGAUCCUUCAAUCCCUGACGGUCGCAGAAGCAGAGGGCCAUGUCUUUAAGAAGGUGGUGCUGGCGAUUUACGUGUGUGGGAACGUGACCUUCCUCGUGGUAUUCCUCUCUGCCAUCAACCACGUAUGAGCACGCUGAGACUUUAUCUAUUUAUUUAUUUUUUUUGUGGGCCUGGGUCACGGUCACUGCCAGAACAGGAAGGGAGACCUGAAGCUUGUCCUGAGUGGCCGAAGCGUGUUUCAAUCAGGAAGACCCGUGGACGUCGCUGUGGAGGAAUUCUCAAGUCUGCCUUUUCCAGCUCCCGCUCAGUCAAGGGGGACAUCCGGAUUUAAAACAGUGAAUGAAACAAAUGAAGAUAAUUAUCUCAGGCAAAGGAUAGAUGGAGACUGCAUCUUUGGGAAUGAGACAGGUUCUGUGUAGCCCAGGCUGGCCUCCAGCUGGCUGUGUAAGCAAGUAUAACCCUGAAGCUCUGAUCCGCUUCCUGGGUGGUGGGAUGACAGGUGUAUGCCAUUAUCUGGUUUUAAGGGGACUGUAACUUUUGUGCCAAUGCUGCUGUGGGACUUUAAAGAGUAUGUUCAUGGUGACUAGUUUAUUUAAGACAUCUUAGUUGUUUUUUUUCUUUUAAGUGUUGUUUUUACACACACACAUAGAUACACACAUACAUAUGUACACUCUCACACACACGCACACACAAACAAAGAAAACCUGGAAAACAAUGUGUUUUCCAGCCCAGGAUUUGGGACUUUUUUUUUUUUUUUCAUUGUUUAACCAGUGCUUCUGGUUAAAGGUAGAUGUGUGCUUGAUUUAUUCACUGGACGUUUCACUAGCAUUUAAUUAUAUCAUGGAUAUGAUAUUUCCUCCUUUUAGCAGUGAAAUGCAAGUAGGCACCUCCUAAUUAGAGAUCUCAUCUAUUUCUUCAUCCUGGGAGAGCUGAAAGGACGUUUUGUGUCAUUUCGGCUCUGAUGUCAGUUCUUACAGGAGCUUUAAAGAACAAAGCUGUGACCUUCACAUUUGCUAAGACUCACCCUUGUGAGUGCAUCCAGCUUGUCCAACACAAGAGAAGGGGGUUCUCAUCUCUUGUGAGGAUAAAAUAACACGGAUGGCUCCCUCUGGAAGACAUUCCCGGUGCUCUAGUGACAGGAGGUGCUGUUUUCCUUCCUACUCAUUUUGUCAUUUUGUCUCAAUGUUUGCUAUGGGGACUUACAGCCAGUGGGUGGCGCUGUAACACCGGAGGACUCAUUUGCUCUGCUCGCAAUAAGUGUUUUUAUUAUGGGGCUAUUUUUCUUAUGUUCUAUGGCUCUUGAUUUUUUUUUUCCCUGCUUUUUGGGUUGGGGUAGUAUUUGCAAGAAACUUAAAUUAAUGACUGCUAUUAUUACUUUCUGACUUAAUAUUUUGUUCUCUUUGAUUAUUUAUAAUGACUUAUUUUCUUUGAUAUUCUUCCAACCCUGUAGCAAAUGAAGAUAAUUUUCUUAGGCAAAGUAAGCAAACAAAAUUGGACAUUAAAAAACAAAACAAAACAAAACAAUUGUGAGGAUAUAUUUUACUUCUUUGGAUAUUCCUUUGGAUUGUGACAUAAUUUCUGCUUGGCCCCAGAACCGUAUUUUUAUCUCUGAGCAAACGACCUCAGCUUCAUGAUUUUAUUUCUAAUCAGUAAAUUGGAAACGUUCUAUUUUUCUCUACGUCUUAGUUGGAACUAGCUUAGGGUUCAGGUAGCAAUUCCUUGUGUUCACGUUCAGCAAAUGCUGUGUUACAGUUUAUUCUACCCCUGGGGAAUGUCUUUAUUUCAGAAGAACAAGGCCUGGCGAUGCAGUUCAGUAGCACGAGGCUUGAGUGGCACGUGUGAGGCCUGGCUCCAUCCUAGCGCAGGGGAACAAUGGGGGAACAGGUUAAAUCUACACGCAAACACUUUCUUUCAGUUUUUCCAUUCUAAGCUGCUAAAGGCUAAAGCGUGCCUUAAUAAAUCAUGCUCGAUAUCUGACAAGGAAAAAUUCUUUUCAGGAAAAGGUGGAAUUUGCUUGGGUUCGGUUUCCAGACAGGUGAUCUUCCUGGAUUUCUAAUGCUUAAGCCAGUAUUAUAAUGUGUUCUUGCCAAAGAAAUAUUUUUUUAUUAACUCAGAAUUUCAUAUAAUGUAUUUUGAUCAUAUCCGCCUCAGCCUUUCUCAGAUUUCUACUGCGUCCCUACUCACAGACUGCAUGUCUUUUUUUUUUUUUUUUACUUUUUAAAUAAUUUGUACUGUCUACACUCCAGGGUUUUGGGCCGUUCCCUGGGGAGCAAGGUCCAUUUAUCACAAGCUGCAUCCCCCAAAGAAAACUGACUCCCUCCCAUGAGAAGCCAUCAACUGUCCAUCGGUCCUCAGGUCCAUGGGGCUCGAGGACCCCUUCCCACUUCAUACUAGAGUGAGGAUGUCUGCAACUUGGGCAGGUGUUGUGCAGGUGACCCCCCAGUAGCCGUGAGCUUGGGAGCAGAGCUGUCCUGUCUGCUCCUCACGAAACCGUUUUCCCCCUUUUCUUUCUCCCCAGCCCCUGGCUCUUUGUGCCCCCUCCUCUGAGUUGGUCCCUGAGCCUCGGGAAAGGGUGUGAUACAAAUGUCCCACUUGGGGCUGAUCACCCCACAGACACUUUAUUCUGCGUUUCAGCCAUCUGCGAGUUUCUGCAGAGCAUGUUCUUUUGUACGGAGUGGUAUUUGCUCUGGUGUGCUCCUCCGUCGGCUGGUGCGGGAAAUCUGUGCCACUUGAUCGUAGCAUGCCCGUUGUUUCCCUUGGGAACACCACAGUUUCUCUCCCUGUGCUCGGUUUCCAGACAUUACAAAGGCUGCUAUUUGCCCUUCAGGUUUUCUUCUUGUUUCUGUAAUAAACUCUCUGGAUAAAAAGUAUAUUUAUAUAUCUAAAACGUGUAUAUACAUAUGUAUCUGGAUAAUGAAAUGAUUUUUUUUUUGUGUGUGUGUGUGCUUAGUCAUAUUGUCAAAACAGUAAAAUCAUGUUUUCUUAAAGAAGGGAUAGUCUGUAAAAUAGAGAUCAAUGUUUUUCACAAAAUAAAAAUAUAGUCUAGAAAGUCAUGGUCAGGCUAGCGUGCAUAAA